UUUUUCUUUGUGGCGGUGUACGUUUCUUCCCCUCCCCUGGGGCUGGAGAGGGGAGGGGAGCGGGCAGGGGAGGGGGCCCCCACUCGCCCGUGGAUGCAAGGAUGACUGUGCUGGCGAGGGCCCGCAGGGGUAUCCGCCAGGUAUCUCCCCAGGUCGUGCUGCUCCUGCUCUUCGCCUUCUGCCUGCUCAGCGUUUUCGUCUCGGCGUAUUAUUUAUAUGGGUGGAAAAGGGGCUUGGAGCCCUCCGGGGACGUGCCGGGGCCGGACUGCGAUGAACCCAAGGUCGCCCCUUCCCGUUUGCUCCCGCUGAAGGCCCUCAAGGUGGCCGACUCCUCCCGCACGGACCCCCUGGUGCUGGUGUUCGUGGAGAGCCUCUACUCGCAGCUGGGCCAGGAGAUCGUGGCCAUUUUGGAGUCGAGCCGCUUCAAGUACAGGACAGAGAUCGCCCCGGGGAAGGGGGACAUGCCCACGCUGACCGACAAGGACCGGGGACGCUUCGCGCUCAUCAUCUACGAGAACAUCCUCAAGUACGUCAACCUGGACGCCUGGAACCGGGAGCUGCUGGACAAGUACUGCGUGGAGUACGGCGUGGGCAUCGUCGGCUUCUUCAAGGCCAACGAGAACAGCCUGCUGAGCGCGCAGCUGAAGGGCUUCCCCCUCUUCCUCCACUCCAACCUGGCGCUGAAGGACUGCAGCAUCAACCCCAAGUCUCCCCUGCUGUACAUCACGCGCCCCAGCGAGGUGGAGAAGGGCGUGCUGCCCGGCGAGGACUGGACCGUCUUCCAGUCCAACCACUCCACCUACGAGCCCGUCCUCCUGGCCAAGACCAAGUCGGCCGAGUCCAUCCCGCACAUGAGCGUGGACGCGGCGCUGCACACCACGGUGAUGCAGGACCUGGGCCUCCACGACGGCAUCCAGAGGGUGCUGUUUGGCAACAACCUCAACUUCUGGCUGCACAAGCUGGUCUUCGUGGACGCCGUCUCCUUCCUGACGGGCAAGAGGCUCUCGCUGCCCCUCGACCGCUACAUCCUGGUGGACAUCGACGACAUCUUCGUGGGCAAGGAGGGCACCCGCAUGAAGGUGGAAGAUGUCAAGGCGCUGUUCGACACGCAGAACGAGCUGCGCACCCACAUCCCGAACUUCACCUUCAACUUGGGAUACUCAGGGAAAUUCUUCCACACAGGUACUGACGCCGAGGACGAAGGCGACGACCUGCUGCUGUCCUACGUGAAGGAGUUCUGGUGGUUCCCGCACAUGUGGAGCCACAUGCAGCCCCACCUCUUCCACAACCAGUCGGUUCUCGCCGAGCAGAUGACCUUAAACAAGAAAUUCGCUGUCGAGCACGGCAUCCCCACCGACAUGGGGUACGCGGUGGCCCCCCACCACUCGGGUGUCUACCCCGUCCACGUGCAGUUGUACGAAGCCUGGAAGCAGGUUUGGUCCAUCAAGGUCACGAGCACGGAGGAGUACCCCCACCUGAAACCUGCUCGCUAUCGUCGUGGCUUCAUCCACAACGGCAUCAUGGUCCUCCCCCGGCAAACCUGCGGCCUCUUCACGCACACCAUCUUCUACAACGAAUACCCCGGGGGCUCCAGUGAGCUGGACAAAAUCAUCAAUGGGGGCGAACUGUUCCUGACGGUGCUCCUCAACCCCAUCAGCAUCUUCAUGACCCAUUUGUCCAACUACGGCAACGACCGCCUGGGCUUGUACACCUUCAAGCACCUGGUCCGCUUCCUCAACUCCUGGACCAACCUGAAGCUGCAGACGCUGCCGCCUGUGCAGCUGGCACAGAAAUACUUCCAGAUCUUCGCCGAGGAGAAGGAUCCGUUGUGGCAGGAUCCCUGUGAGGACAAGCGGCACAAAGACAUUUGGUCCAAAGAAAAGACCUGUGACCGAUUCCCAAAGCUGCUCAUCAUCGGGCCUCAAAAAACAGGAACAACUGCCCUUUAUCUCUUCUUGGGGAUGCACCCGGACCUGAGCAGCAACUACCCCAGCUCAGAGACCUUCGAGGAGAUUCAGUUCUUCAACGGGCACAACUAUCACAAGGGCAUUGACUGGUACAUGGAGUUCUUCCCCAUCCCCUCCAACACCACCUCCGAUUUCUACUUUGAAAAAAGUGCCAACUACUUUGACUCAGAAGUUGCUCCCCGGCGAGCUGCGGCCCUGCUGUCCAAGGCCAAAGUCAUCACGAUCCUCAUCAACCCUGCAGACCGAGCCUACUCCUGGUACCAGCACCAGCGAGCCCACGACGACCCGGUAGCCCUGAAGUACACCUUCCACGAGGUGAUCACGGCCGGGUCUGAGGCUGCUGCGAAACUCCGGACCCUGCAGAACCGCUGCCUGGUGCCGGGCUGGUACGCCACGCACAUCGAGCGCUGGCUCAACAGCUUCCACGCCAACCAGAUUCUUGUCCUGGACGGCAAGCUGCUCCGAACAGAACCUGCCAAAGUGAUGGAAACGGUCCAGAAAUUCCUCGGGGUGUCCAACUUCAUCGAUUACCACAAAACCCUGGCGUUUGACCCAAAGAAAGGAUUCUGGUGUCAGCUCCUGGAAGGAGGGAAAACCAAAUGCUUGGGGAAGAGCAAAGGGAGGAAGUACCCCGAGAUGGAUUCGGAUUCGCGAGCCUUCCUGCGGGACUAUUACAGGGACCAUAACAUCGAGCUCUCCAAGCUCCUGUACAAAAUGGGGCAGACGCUGCCCACCUGGCUGCGGGAGGAGCUGCAGAGCACCAGGUAGCUGCCGCCCCCAGCACCGACACGUCCCUGAGCAAUAUCCAGCUGCGGCCUUCGAGGGGACGCCCGGAGCCCCCCGCAGCCACCAAGCAGGGCGGCUGCACCGAAGGCUGCCUGGGCACUGGGCUCCUGUCCCAGCACUGCGACCUCUCCGCCUGCCCCGCAUCCGUUUUCUUUUCUUUUUCCUCCUUUUCAAUUCCUGGGCCCGUUGGUGAGGUCCUUUCGUGUCCCGCUCUGAUGGGAGAAACUGGGAAUUGGCCCAAAUUCCCCCUUUCUCUGCCCAAAGCAGGCCCUGAGUCCCCUGGGCCUGCGAGCGGCGUCGGAGCUGUUCUGCGCCUCCUCGGCAGAUGAUGGAGGAGCAACUCCGGGCGUGCUGGAGGUGCCUGGUGCUGAGCUGGAGCGGAGGAGAGGAGCUGGUGGGGAGCCGACACACGAAGUGACCCUGCCCCUAACGGCAGGAAACGGGAGUUUGCUGGAUUCCCCCCAAACCCCAGCUCUAAAAUCGGGAAGAAAAGCGUCGUUUUGUUUCAAAGACUCGGAUGCCGUUUCCUUGGUCGUCCUCGUUCGUUUUCAGUCUCCACCUCUUCCCGGUCCGUGAGCGGUGCGGUGGGACGGCUGUGGAGCAGAAGAAGGGGCCGGGGUGCUCGCAGCCCCUGCCCUGUGGUGGUUCCUGUGGUACAGCCCCGAGCGGCCUCCGACCUGCGCGGGGCCUCGGCAUGAGGCAGACUUUGAGAUAACUUCAGUCGGAAGGAUGCUGAGGACUUCGAACCUCUUGAAUAUUAAAAGCUAAAGUAUUUUAA